AUGCAUCUCACCCAACCCACGGCAGCCAAGCUGCUGCUUCUCUGGGCGUCAGCCAGCGAGCUGUGCUCGGCGGCACCGCACUUUGACAGCCCCCGUGAGCGUCUUCUCCGGGGCAUGGACAUCCCCGCGAGCUACAAGAAGAAGAGCACCAGCAACCCGUACGUCCCGGGCUUCAGGGAUCCCAAUGACGGCGCCGUCGACUCGGUCGGCGACGGCCUCGACCCGCUUCCCUACCGCAACGGCCUCGGCGCCUCAGUGCUGGGGCCCUGGAACAGCGAGCGCUCGCGCCAGAACCCGGAUAUGGUGCGGCCGCCUUCAACGGACAAGGGAAACAUGCCCAACAUGCGAUGGAGUUUUGCGGAUUCGCAUAUUCGAAUUGAGGAAGGCGGAUGGACCCGACAGACGACUGUCCGCGAGUUGUCAACCAGCGUCGAGCUCGCCGGCGUGAACAUGCGUCUUGGAGAGGGCGUCAUUCGCGAGCUUCACUGGCACAAGGAGGCCGAAUGGGCGUACGUCUUGGACGGCGAAGUUCGCGUUACAGCGCUCGACUACGAGGGCGGUAACUUUAUCGACGACCUCAAGAAGGGCGACCUCUGGUACUUCCCGUCAGGCGUCCCUCACUCCCUGCAAGGACUGAGUCCCAAUGGCACCGAGUUCCUCCUCAUCUUCGACGAUGGCCACUGGCUCGCGCACACACCCAAGUCAGUCAUUGCCGAAAACUUCCACCUCGAACCCGAAGUGUUCAAACACCUCCCCGAGGGCGAGAAAUACAUUUUCCAGGGCACGCUCCCGGGCCCCAUUGACGAGGAACGGCCAAAGGGCAAGCAUGCCAAGAAGUCCCGCUUCAACUUCACUCACAGGAUGCUCGAUCAGGAGCCCGAGCAGACGUCGGGCGGCGAGGUUCGCAUCACCGACUCCAAGAACUUCCCCAUCUCCAAGACUGUUGCUGCUGCCCACCUCACGAUCCAGCCUGGCGCGCUGCGCGAGAUGCACUGGCAUCCCAACGCCGACGAGUGGUCCUUCUUCAUCAAGGGUCGGGCCCGUAUUACCAUCUUCGCGGCUGAGGGUACUGCCCGCACCUUCGAUUACGUCCCCGGCGAUGUCGGUAUUGUGCCUAAGAACAUGGGUCACUUUGUUGAGAAUAUCGGCGAUGAGCCAAUUGAAAUGCUCGAGAUUUUCCGGGCUGAUGAGUUCCGCGAUUUCUCUCUCUUUCAAUGGAUGGGUGAGACGCCCAAGAAGCUGGUGAUUGAUCACCUGUUCAAGGAUGACAAGGAGAAUGGCGAGAAGUUCUGGAACCAGGUGAAGGAGGCAGAGAAGGACCCCAUCACCAAGUUCCAGAAGGAUACGGGUUCCUCACAGUCGGAGAGGGUGGAAGAGUUGUAA